AUGAGAGGCUGGGAGUUGGAUCACGUGGGUGUGCAGCCGUCAGGAGUGCUUCCGGGUCUGGUUCGGGAGGCAGAGGAGGCUCGGCGGGACCAGAGGAUCGAUAGAACCAGCAGAAACAGCAUGUCCUCUCAGCGGAGAACCCUGAUCAUCACAGACGUCAGGACCCCGAUACAUAAAACUGAUCGACUGCUGGGAGGGAUAAAUCUGAUUCCUGGACUCUGUCUUGGUCCAGAUGAGGAGGUGGAAGUCGAGGAGCUCAACCCGUUCUCCUUCAAAGAGUUUCUACGAUGGAAAAACCAGGAUCCAGACCAGGAUCCAGACCAGCAGCAGACACAUGAGAAGAGGUUUUUUAGUAACCAGAUCUUGGACCCUGAGGUCAGCAGCUGUUUCCGGUCUGAACCCUCCCUUGCGCCGCAGGAGGACGAGGAGAAGUGGGGGUGGAGCUUCCAGUCAGGUGUAGACAGCACAUCGUCCCUGUGCACGGAGGAGGACGAGGAUGAAGAGGAGACCAGGUUUUCCUCCAAACCUGAAGGUCCAGCAGCAGGAGAGAACUACGAAGGAGAUGAUGAGGCCUCCAUGGCUGAACCAGGCAGCUCCUGCAGGAGGAGGAGUGGGCGGAGCAGUCAGGUCGCUCAGCUGCAGGAGGAGAACAUGUCGCUGAGGAGAACCCUCCGGGAGCUGCAGAGGAGAGCCGAGGCCAGCCAGCGCAGGGCGGCGGAGCUGUCGGAGGAGCUGCUGCUGAGGAGGUGUCAGGAGGAGAAGGAGGCACAGGACCUGGAGAGCAUGGUCCACUCUGUGGAGCAGAACCUGGACCUGAUGACGAGACGAGCAGUAAAAGCAGAAAACAGUGUUUCCAGACUGAAGACGGAGCUGCAGCAGCUACAGCUGCUGUUAAUGAAACUCCAGAAGCAGCAGGAGGUUGACCAGUGUGAUGUUUUAUUCUAGAACGUGUUCCUGGUUCUCCAGGAAGUCUCACUGAGAGAUUAAAGGAGCUCUAAGUCCAGAAAUGCUGAUCCUACAUUUCCCAGAAUGCAGCUGGAGAAUACUUCAGGCAAAUCAGAGAGUCCAACAGCUCGGCCCCGCCCCCUGCCCCACCUCCUUCA